AUGUUUUUUCACAGUAGCCAUGUUUAUGAGGCACGUUUAGUGCAGAGAGGAUCUGAUAAUCUCUCAUCCGAGCAGGAUGCUACAGAUGAUGAUCUAGCGUUGUUGGAAAUAAUUUCAACAGAUAAUUGUUUAAGAAAUUGGUUAUCGAAAAUAACGUUUAUACCAUUAUCAAUGUCAUUAAAUUUCGCAAAAAGUGAUUUUAUACCUGAAAAGUUAUAUUUAGUUUCUUAUUGUGGGGAAUUAGAUAAUAAAUCAAUAGAAACAUACAAAAGUUAUUAUGGAGAUGAUUUAACGAAACGUGAUCUGUUAAAAUAUAAAUUAAAUAAUCAUUAUAAUGUGAAUAUGGAAUCUUUAUCGAUUGGAACUAUUGUAGGAGAAACCGAUACUCAUUUUAUUCAUGGAUGUACGUCUUUGAAAGGUUCUAGUGGUGGAACAUUGAUUAAUGGACAUGGCGAUAUGGUUGGCAUACAUGUUGUCACAGAAAAUUCUUUCAAUCAUGGUCUUAAACUGUGGUCAAGGCAUUUCACGCGAUUUAUAAAGAAUAUUAUACUUCAUAUUUCUGAUAAUGAACGACGACACUGGAACGAUUUUAUUGAACGCUAUCAACAAGUAUGUUCGUUUUUCGUUUUGCUAAAAAAUGAAGACGUCGUUAACAUCUCAUUGCUAUCCUAA